AUUCCGCCGGGAUUCUGAGGUCCUCAACGCUGGUUUGUCCAUGCUCAGGGCUUUUUCGCGGCGACUCCCGAAUUCUGCUUCUGUGGGGCUGGGCCUGGCUAAGGGCUGAAUGCGCUUGGCCCUACCCCUCCAGCUGAAGCUAGGAACUGAUGACGGUGAGGCCAGAGCGCAGCGGGCUAGAUGAACGCGGGUCUGGUAGCCAGCAUGACCGGCUCUUCGCAGGCCCUCGCGGCCGGGCUGGCUGAGUUUAUCCGGAGUCUCCUGAGACCGAUGGAUCCUCGGGAUCCUACGCCACGCGUCAGUCGUCUCCUCCUUCCCUUCAUGCGGUGUUGGCGGUGCGAGGGCCCCAGUCCCUGGUUGUGAGAGAGCUUUUUUGAUCAGAGAUUCAGACGUAACUCCAUCUUCCCCGAAUAACACCUGAGUCUCCGAUUCUUGGGAAACGAUGUUCCCACUUCUGCCUGGCCGUUGACCACCCGCAUCCAAUCCGGGCCGCUGUUGCAGUUGUUGUUAAGUCACCGCAAAAAUUAAUGAGUAUUUUCUCUCCAAGGUUUCGCAGUUCUUGGGAGUGUCCUUUUUCUAAACUAGAGUGAUUUAUUUUAAUGAAUGACUUAUCCUGGUUUGAAAUAGAGGUCUGUGCAGGAGAGUCCUGGGCUACUGAAUGUCAGCCCUCUGAUGGUGGGGACUUUGUCUCCAUCUCCUUUGUGACCUCUCUUCAUGUAGCAGGCGGGGUGUUGUGUAGAGUCAGCACUAGUAAAUGUUUGGUGACAUGAAGUGUUUGGUGAAAGAGCUGUUAUAGAACCACUACCUCAGCUUCUUAAAGAACUGUUCUGGAACCACUAACCAAAAUAUCAUCCUUUUCCCCUGCAAAGUAGUAAUACGGCCUGAGCCUUGAACCCAACCUGAGGGACCACCUCUAAGAAAACCUUGCCUGUGUCUGCAGAAUAAACUUGGAUUCCUCAGAUUACUCAGGGAUGGAGAAUCUUCAGCAGUGUUAAAUAUAUUAUCAUCUACUUAUGAGAUGACAUCUUUGCAAAGGAAAGGGCUGCAAGCAAGGAUUCUCAGCUCUGAAGAAGAGGAGAAACUGAAAAGAGACCAAGUUUUAGUGUCCGACUUUAAACAGCAAAAACUGGAAAAAGAUGCUCAGAAGAACUGGGAUCUUUUUUACAAAAGAAAUAGUACUAAUUUCUUCAAAGAUAGACACUGGACCACCAGAGAGUUCGAGGAGCUCAGAUCAUGUAGGGAGUUUGAAGAUCAAAAAUUGACUGUGCUUGAAGCUGGCUGUGGGGUUGGGAACUGUUUAUUCCCACUUUUAGAAGAAGAUAUGAAUAUAUUUGCUUAUGCCUGUGAUUUUUCUCCAAGAGCAGUUGAAUAUGUCAAGCAAAAUCCUUUAUAUGACACACAAAGAUGCAAGGUAUUCCAGUGUGAUCUAACUAAAGAUGACCUUCUGGAAUAUGUGCCUCCAGAGUCCGUGGAUGUUGUCAUGUUGAUAUUUGUGCUCUCUGCUGUUCACCCUGCAAAGAUGUACCUUGUCUUACAAAACAUUUAUAAGAAUUCCUGGCUCAGCUCUUUGUGGACACAGGUUAUGAAGAAGUGGUGAAUGAGUAUGUGUUUCGUGAAACGGUGAAUAAAAAAGAAGGCCUGUGUGUGCCAAGAGUUUUCCUUCAGAGCAAAUUCCGAAAGCCUCCAAAGAACCCAACUCCUGUGACCCUGGGCCUAGGUCACAA